GUUAAGAUGGUGGUUAUUGUAGAACAAGAGAAAAGGCCACGGACGUUUCGUAGGUAAUUUAUUAGCACAGCUCGUAAGUAAUUAGAAUAGAAGCUUUGAGCAACUGCUCCACUUAACCAUAGCCAUACACUUAACCAUACUAUAUGGUUAAGUGCGAGCGUAUGGUAAGUGUGAAUACCAUACAAACGUGUCGUAUGGUGAUGGACUUUCAAAGGAUCCCCUUAACACCUGCCCAAUUUAACUUCCCCAGAUAUACACUUUUUAAAUAGAGAAAACAUUUUUGAAUGUAAAUGUAAUUUUUUCGAAAGAGAUCGUUUCACGCAGUGCGAGAAAACAAAUUAAAUCUGAAGGGACCCAGAGUCAGCUAUGCGCCUUCGCUGAGUACUUUGUACACUGCUACCUCGAUGGCGGUCGUCCAACUACACGAUAAGGGAUGGUUAAGGUAUGGUUAUGGUGUUUUCUGCUCAAAGCCUCUAACAGCUCGUAAGUAACGUCAGCUCGUACAGUCGAUAGCUCGUAAGUCGUUAGCUCGUAGAAUGUUAGAUUACAAUAACGUAACAUAGGUUUUUAUACGAGUACAUGAAUCAUAAGUAAAUCAGAUAAUUAGUCAGUUUAUUUGUCAUCCAUGAUUCAUCCGUUAUAAUACUUAUUGAAAACUGCCCAGUGUCUACUUUGGCAAUAAAGUCAAAACAACAAAUUGCGCAUAAAACUUACACUUUUCAAACUUGGGGACUUGAAAAUACGCUUCAGUAUUAGUAGUGUUUAUUAGUAGUGUAUACUCUUCAUCUGAGCCUUUUGUUUCCGUAAUUUUGUAUCCUCUCAUUCCUCUGCACCGUGCCUACUCCCCGCCAAAUUGGAGACCUCCCUCAAGCCCGUCGCAUCUUCCACGCCAAACAAGAUCUCUUACUACUGGACGAAGUAAACAACGAAAAUCCCUUUUUUUCAGAAAACGAAGGAGCGGUGUGGGCUGAGAUCGUGGAAACGCUGAACAAAGUGCCCAUUUUUCCAAGUCCUUUGGAUGUUCGCGCAUGUAAGAAGCGUUUGGAUUUGUUGGUUAUUGAAUUUCGAAAAGAAAAUUGGCUGCAAAUUGUUAAAUCCGGUUCGGAAGAAGAAUACGGUACCAUUCAAGAGCCGUUGACGAAAAUAGUUCAGGCCAUCGACAGUGCGCAAGAUAAAACCCGCGAAAAGGUACAGAAGAAAGCAGAAUAGAAAAAGCGAAAAGAGGCUGCGCUGAAAAUGGUGGACGCAGAAAUCGCCAAAGAAAGUGGCUCCACGUUCGCGGGCAACAGCGACAGAGCGUUGCCUACGGAUGAAGAACUUGUAAAAACUGGCGCCUUGGAUCCCUCCGAGCUGGCACGACACUCAGAAAUCUUUGUACGGAAUACGGUACUUGCUUUUGUGGAUGACGGCUGGGAAAGCGACAGUGAAGGAGGAAAACGUGGGGCGACCAAAAAAGUAAAGCGAGGGCGAACUGAUGAGUCGGACAGUUUGGUCCAGUAUUUGAAAGCGAGCGAUGUGGAGAAGCAGAAGAUCCGUGAACGGGAGUUGAAAAACGAACGAGAUCUGAAGGAACUUGAACUGCAGAAUCAAAAAGAGCUGAAGGAAAAAAAAAUCGAUAACAACUUUAAGUCACGUCAGCAGGAACUAGAAUUGGAGCGAUAUCGUAUUGAGCUGGAGGGAAAACCAUGAGAUGCCGAUAAAGAGGCGAAACUGGCUGAUAGCAAAAAAUUUGAUUUAAUUCUUCUUUCACUGCAAAAAUCAUUUGAAAAAUAGCCUACGCAGCAGGUGGUAACUGUCACGGUGAAAUUUUGUUUUCGGUGAUUUUUUGCUUUUCUCGUUUAAAUUGCAGAAUUUUUGUACAUAGUUCAUGUUUUAGUAUUCUGUUGAAAUUGUCGAGUUUUUACCUGAUUUUUUUAAAUUCAGGUUUGUAAAUAGUCUUUGAGUUCAGGCGGGGACACGCCGAAAUAAUUACCAGUUUGG